AUGGCCAGAGUGCGGAUGGUCAGAUGGACUUGGGCAGUGUUGGCUGGAUUGUGCGCUCUGGCCACAUGCGAGGUGCAACAGCAAUGUCCUCCACGAGGAGAAAUCUCCCCGUGCUCCUGCAGCGUGAAGAAAAACGGCCUGGACGUGCUUUGCGAGUUCACCGACCAGCAGCGCAUCAGCGACGCCAUGGGAGUGCUCAAGGGCAAGCCCUUCGUCAUCUUCUACCUCAAGCUGCGCCACAACAACCUCAAGAAGCUGCCCGGGUUCGUCUUCCUGGGCCUCGACAUACGCCAUCUCACCAUCCACAACAGCAGCCUGUCAGUGGUGGAAGAGGCGUCUCUUAGCUCCAUUGGUAAAGUCCUCACCCAACUCGAUGUGUCCCAGAACAGCCUGACCCUUGUUCCUUCGGCAGCUUUCAAGAGCCUGCACCACCUCCUCAUUCUUAAUAUGAACCACAACAAAGUCAACAGUUUGCAUGCCAAGGCUUUCCAAGGACUGGACACUCUGGAAAUUCUCACCUUGUACGAGAAUAAAAUCAUUUCUAUCGAUGCUGAUGCUUUCGUUGGAUUAGAAAAAAAGCUGAAACGACUGAAUCUAGGAGGCAAUGGAUUGACGUCAGUGCCACAAAAAUCAUUGGCGCUCCUCGAAACUCUGAAAAAGUUGGAAAUGCAAGAAAACCGGCUCAGCGAAAUCAGGGAAGGAGACUUCGAAGGUCUGAAAAAUCUCGAUUCGCUAGGACUAGCCCACAACAAGAUAAGGCAGGUCCCACCAAGAGUGUUCUCCCAUCUGACAUUGCUGACAUCUCUCGAGAUGGACGGCAACAACAUCGAUACGAUUGAUUCUGAUGCAUUUGCUGGUCUAGAAGAGAAUCUCCAAUAUCUUCGACUUGGUGAUAACAAUAUACACACCAUACCUACCGACGCGUUGAAACGACUGCACCGAUUACGCCAUCUAGAUCUGAGAUCUAACAACAUCACUUUCAUCGCGGAGGAUGCAUUUUUUGGAUAUGGAGAUUCCAUCACAUUCCUCAACCUGCAAAAGAACGAUAUAAGGACGCUGAACGGAAUGAUAUUCGAGAAUCUGAAUUCCUUGGAAACUCUGAAUCUGCAAAACAACAAGUUGAUGCAUGUUCCAGAAGACGUUAUGGAGCCAAUAUUAGAUACUCUCAGAGUUGUUGACAUCAUGGAUAAUCCAUUAUUGUGCGAUUGCGAAUUGCAAUGGUACAAGAACUGGUUGAGCAACUUGAAAGACAAAGACGACGAGAUGAUGCAGAAGAAACGCACAGUAUGCACAAUGCAGUACGAGCACAGAGAGUACAGCUUGCAAAGUCUGCCGCUAGAAAAAAUGGAGUGUGUCAUCAAGAGCUAUAAAUCUGCAGCCAAUGAAGCAAGGUGGAGUGUUCUGAAGCAAACUGCUAUUGGCGCAUUCGUAUUAGCUAGGUAUAUUUAUCUAUAG